GAGAUCUGUUGCAGAGUAAUACAUGUUAGCUCACCUCACUGGCAGCUGCUACAAAGAUGAAAUGCUGAACUGGGACUAGGACCUUGUGAUUAAUUGCAAACUUUAUGAGAGGGUGUCUGACUUUUUUUAUUUAUUUUGGAAUUCUGCAACUUUUGUUAAAUACUGGAUUUGAAGAACACAAUGUCAGCUGCUGAGGCCUUCGUCACCUUGGCCACCACAGAUCCUUACUGCAUGGGAGCGAUUGCUGUAGCCCGGAGUUUACGGCGACACAAGACGUCCCGCCUUAUUGUUGUCAUGGUCACACCAAAUAUCUCAGAAGGUUCACGGCAUGGCCUUGAAAAUGUGUUUGAUGAGGUUAUCCCAGUCGAUAUAAUGGACAGCACAGACCACCUUCACCUGUCCUGGCUGGGUCGUCCUGAUCUCGGCACUACCUUGACCAAGAUCAACUGCUGGACCCUGACUCAAUACACCAAAUGUGUGUUCCUGGAUGCUGACACACUUGUUCUUUGUAACGUGGAUGAGCUGUUUGAGAGAGAUGAACUGUCUGCUGCUCCAGAUCCCAGCUGGCCAGACUGCUUUAACUCUGGUGUGUUUGUGUUCCGCCCAUCUCUUGACACACACUCCAGGCUCCUGGACCAUGCCCUACAGCAUGGCAGCUUUGAUGGAGGAGACCAGGGACUGCUCAACUCUUUCUUCAGUAACUGGCCAGUGGAAGACAUCAGUAAACAUCUUCCGUUUGUUUACAAUGUCACCGUCAGCUGUGUGUACAGCUACCUCACUGCUUUCCAGCAGUUUGGCAGUAAUGCAAAGAUUUUCCAUUUCCAAGGAGCAGUUAAACCAUGGAGCUUGGGUGGUCAGAUGGAAGACACCCAGCACAUCCAACAGUUUGUCUGUCAGUGGUGGAAGGAAUACCUCAGUGACACAGCGCCCCCUGGACCUGCAACACCGCCCACUCACACCUGUGACAAACCACAGCAAAUGCAAACAAGAGAAGACAAAAGUCUUUUCAUGGAAAAUUUGGACAACUCCAAUUCAUUGCUUGCAUAUUUUUCAUGGCUCCCUGAUAAAUCUGAUUCUCUGUCAGAAGCAAACACUGUGCUUUCUCACACAGGUUACAACCUGCAGGAGGAUCACUCAGAAACAUUACAGGUCCAGAAAACAACUUCAGGUGCAGAUGAACCACUGUCAAGUGCAGAGGAACCACUGAAUGAUGAAGCCACCUCGGGCACCUACACACACACCAUGGCUGCAGAAACCAUGGCUGCUGACGUGCAACGUCGUAGGAUGUGGGAGGCCGGUCAGGCCGACUACAUGGGCAGAGAUGCUUUCCACAACAUCCAGAAGAUGCUGGACAGCUUUCUUUAUUAGAACCAAGGGGGUAUCUUUGGGCUUCAGUGUUUCUGUUCGGUUGUUACUCUUCAAAAAAUUGUUCUUGUCGAAUUAUACUGAGGUUUUUGUACAGUACAGAGUGGGUUUGGGAGUAACAGCACAACCGUUCCACAGAAAGCUGUGCACAAGCCUGAUGCUUGCUAAGAUGGAGAUUAUGUGGGCAUGGAGCUAGACACCAUGUGGCCAUCCAAUAGCAGUGUACCUCUGUCCACUCAGAUAUUCUGAGAGAUGAUAUGUGGAGAAAGGGUGGGCAGAUCAAUCCAAAUGUCGAUAGAA